CUAGAACCGAUAAUGGCUUCGAAGCAACAUAAAUACUCCUUCUUUCCCUGCCGUCACAGAAAUUUCCCUAAUCAAAGCCAACCAUCUACUGCUGUCUACUGCUACGCGAACAAUCUUAGCUACCAUGACCGCCCCCAACCGCAGACCCGAAUACGAUACUUCUGGAACCGGUGGUAAUGCUGAUGCACAUUCUGGAUGCUGGAGAGGAAGCGGCCAAACUGUCACCGGCGGUAACGGCACCGGUGGUAACAUUCAGAUGCCGGCGGGCCGUGCGGAUGCCAACAUCAGGAUGACAGGUACGGGAGGCAAUGCCAGAGCGAAUGCCGGGGGCGCUGCAAAGGGCGGCGAUGCAAGGGGUGGCAACCUCACAAUCACUUGAUUUGAUAUGACUAUGACUGCAAGGCUACCUCAUUCCCAUCAUUUGAGAUGAACCCAGACAACACGGGAGGAGACGAGAU